CGAGAGAUGUCCGAGACUGUUGCGGUCGAUGAUCGCUUAGAUUCGGAACCGACCACGGCCGGGAGACUGGUUCCGAUUACGGUGCUGCCAGUGCAGUGCUUCUUCCCCAGACCAUACACAAAGUACUGCACCACGCAGUGCGAGUUUGCAACCAAGGUGAAGCCCAGGCCAAAGUUGUUCAUAUAUUCAUUCCAAAGCGCCAUAUAACGGCUGCUGCUACCUCGCACAAGCAACUACUAUCUUGAACAGAAGCUUUACUUCCUCCUGUCCUGCCGAGGCUUCGCCAUCACUGUCACCGUCACUCUUGGUUGGACUACAGCACCAGUACAUUGAGCUGAGGGACUGGGGGAUAGAUAUUUUGGCUGUACAUCGAGGCUACUGUUGUCGGGCACCACAAGCAAAGCAAAGCAAAGGAACCAUGUCUAACAAGCUGAGGAUUCUUGUCCCGGUGAAGCGAGUCAUUGACUACGCUGUCAAACCGCGCGUCAAGUCAGACAAGACCGGCGUCGAAACCUCGGGGGUCAAACACUCGCUGAAUCCGUUCGACGAACUUUCGAUCGAGGAAGCGGUCCGACUCCGCGAACGCAAGCAACCCGUUGAAGAGAUUCUGGCGGUGAGCGCAGGGCCGGCAAAGUGCUCCGACACGCUGCGGACGGCCAUGGCCAUGGGCGCCGACCGCUCCAUCCACGUCGACGUGCCCGAGGACAAGCCGCUGGAGCCGUUGGGGGUGGCCAAGCUGCUCAAGGCCAUCGCUGAACAAGAAAAAUCCAACCUGAUUAUUUUGGGGAAGCAGGCCAUCGACGACGACUCCGGCCAGACGGGUCAGAUGCUCGCGGGCCUGCUGAACUGGCCCCAGGCCACGCAGGCGAGCAAGGUCGAGAUCAAGGAUGACGAGGUCACAGUCACGCGCGAGGUCGAUGGUGGUGUCGAGACCCUGCGCGCCAAACUUCCCAUGAUCAUCACUACCGAUCUGAGACUAAACGAGCCCCGCUAUGCCAGCUUGCCCAAUAUCAUGAAAGCGAAGAAGAAGAAGCUCGAGAAGAAGUCCCUGGCUGACUAUGGCGUCGAUGCGAAGCCUCGCCUCAAGACCCUCAAGGUCGAGGAGCCGCCCGUGAGACAGGGUGGUGGCAAGGUCGAGGAUGUUGAUGGCUUGAUUGCCAAGUUGAAGGAGUUGGGAGCGAUUUAAGUUUGUUAUAUACACAAUGAGUCAAAAUCCUGGUUAUACCUCGCUAAACAAAAGAAACAGAAUAGCUUGUCAUAAAAGGAAUUCGGUCAGCUGUACAUUUGUCCACUUCGAGUACCACCUAGUAUUAGUAGCUGUGCGCGGGCUCAGGUAUCGAACAAGAGCUGUACUAGUAACCUGUGCCGUUUCUCGAGCCAGUCUCAAUUUCUGCGACAUGAGGCAGGUUUCAAUAAACGCUCCCAGUCAAAAAACACUAGGAAAGGCUGUAAUACUGGGGCAUCUCCCCUUCGCAUUGUCGAGUCUUCAUGUCACAAACCAGGCAAAGAAAAUAAGCAGUGCUAAAGCAUUGAAUGCAGUCCAA